AUGUCUGAAACAAACGAGAAGCAGGAGAACUUAUUUAAACCAGUUGGUGAAGCAGCUGAAGAAAUCAGUGCUGAGACUGGUGCUAGUGGAUCUCGGUCUACUGAUGAGCAUGGUGUUACUUUAACCGGUGCUGAGGAUGCUAUGGGUCAUCCAGUUCAAGAAAUUGAAUCAUUGUGUAUGAACUGUCAUGAAAAUGGUACAACACGUUUGUUGUUAACCUCUAUCCCAUAUUUUAGGGAGAUUGUUAUUAUGUCAUUUGAAUGUCCUCAUUGUAACUUUAAAAAUGCAGAAAUCCAGCCAGCCAGUCAAAUCGAAGAAAAGGGUUCUAAAUAUACUUUGAAGAUUGAAAACCGUGAAGAUUUUGACCGUCAAGUGAUUAAAUCAGAAUCUGCCAACUGUAAAUUUGUCGAAUUGGAUAUUGAAAUUCCACCAAAGAGAGGUCAACUAACCACUGUUGAAGGUCUAUUGACUGAAAUGAUCGAUGAUUUGUCAUCUGAUCAAGAAUCCAGAAAAGCUAUUGAUGAAGCUCUAUGGCAAAAGAUUGAAGACUUUAUUGCUAGGGUCCGCAAAUUUAUCAAUUGUGAAGAAGGUACUGUUCCAUUAACUUUUAUUCUUGAUGAUCCAGCCGGUAACUCCUGGAUUGAAUACAAGCCAGGUGAACCUCAACAUAAAUGGUCUCAUGUACAAUAUAUUCGUAGUGAUGAACAAAACGUUCAAGUUGGUAUUAUCACUAGAGAUCAAUUGGAACAAAGACGUCAACAAAAGUUGCAAGAACUGUCCAAUCGUGAAAGAAAUCCAUCUGAAUCAGUUAAGGUUGGUACUACCGCCAGCGAAUUCUUGUCAGAUGCUACCGAUAUUGAAAACUUCAACAAUGAAGUUCAAACUUUCAGAGCUCCUUGUUCAUCAUGUGGUGAAGAAUGUGAAACACAUAUGAAGCCAGUUAAUAUUCCACAUUUCAAGGAAGUCAUUAUCAUGUCUACCACUUGUGAUAAAUGUGGUUAUAAAUCCAAUGAAGUUAAAACAGGUGGUGCUAUCCCAGACAAGGGUCGUGUCAUCACAUUAUACUGUGACGAUGCUGCAGAUUUAUCCAGAGAUAUUUUGAAAUCCGAAAGUUGUUCAUUAGUUGUCCCAGAAUUGCAUUUAGAUAUCCAAGAAGGUACCCUUGGUGGUCGUUUCACUACUUUAGAGGGUCUUCUAAAACAGGUACGAGAUGAAUUAGAAUCUCGUGUCUUUACCCAAACCUCUGACUCCAUGGAUGAAGCAACCAAAGAACGUUGGACAUCAUUUUUCAAAAACUUGGACGAAGCUUUGGAAGGUAAGAGAACAUUCACUGUGAUCAUGACUGAUCCAUUAGCUGGUUCUUAUAUUCAAAAUGUCUAUGCUCCAGAUCCAGAUCCAAACAUGAAGAUCGAAGACUUUGAAAGAACCGCUGAGCAAAACGAUGAACUAGGUCUUUCCCACAUGAAAGUCUAA